AUGUCUGCGACGAACACGCCAACCACCCGCCGCCGCUCUCUGUCUACACGUCGCGGUUCCGUGACCGCGUCUGACCCGUAUGGCCAGCACGUACAUCUCAACCAUGAGCCUGGUCGUUCUACCUCUUGCAAGCUGUCCAUCGUGCGCGUGAUCUCGCCGCCUCCGGUACAGCUCGAGCAGCCUCCCGCGUCGCCCGGCCAUCGCCGGCACAUCCACCGCGAUAACCACCGUCGCACCGGCUCCGGUGGCCCAAACGCGCCAGGAGGCAGCCCUCGCAUGAGCUUCGCGUCGGCAUCAUUCGCUACGCCUGGCUCGCCUACCGCUCUGCGGCCAGCCAGUCCUACCCAUCAUCGCCAUCACACUCGCGCCGGCUCUCAUGGACUCGACUCUAAGCCGCGUCUGAACGCGGACCAGCUCCUCGCGCUAGCACAGGAGUCCACCAGUCCGCGUACUCCUGCGCCCCUGAACUCGCCCAACCUAAUCGGCACCGUUCCCACCGUGGACACAGCCCCUGCAAACUUUAUGCCUCUGGCUGAUGAUGUCUACUUGCCGUUCGUCAACCGCGCUGAGGAGGUCUCCGCCCUGUUCUCGGGUCCCCCUUGCUCGAAGCUUCUCCAUCUGCUUUCCCAAACCUUCGCGGGAUCGCCCGCGGCUACGCCGGCGCACGGUAGGCCGGAAGAUGCCGUAUUCGACCUCGACCCAAAACGUUGGUCAGCUCCACAACUAGCCUACUGGCUCAAGCGGGUCGACCGAGACCGCGCGCCAGAUGACAUCUGGGUGUCACGCGCGCGUCGUUGCAUUCUCGAGCACAGCGAACUCAUCUGGCAGCGCAUCAAGGGCGCGCUGGGCGUACCGCCAGAGCUCGACUACGACGUCGACGAGGACGAGGCGCUGUCCUCCAGCGGUGACACAUCAGAUGCCAUUGCGACGCCUGAUACGAGCGUUGCCGGCCUUGUGGAUGAGGUUAUGACGGGUAGCAUGUCACCCGAAAUCCCGGUCAAGGUCUCUGCGCCGCCUGAAGUGGACGAGCAGCUCGAGCACGUGGACGACGACAUCGAAUGGUUGGAUCUCAGCCACGACAUCUCCAUCGAGCCCAUCAUCCGCGGCUCCUCAAACGCCCAGCUGCUCGACGCUCCGCCCACCCGCCCUGGCGCACACACCAUCCACGAGUCCGUCCAGGAAGAGGAUGAAGAGGAUGAAGAGUCGGCUCCUACGCCCGCGCCCGCAAGUCCCGAAAUUGUGCAAGGGAUCCGCAUCUCUACGGCACCCGCCACGCCAGGACUUUUCGGCUCAAAUUCCUACUCGCACUCGCCCGCGAUCAGCGCGCGCUCUCACACGUCGCCCAUGCGGUCAUUCACGCCUCUUCCUGACGCACACGAACUUGCAGGCUCGGUUGCGUCGCCCGCGUCAUACACCUGGGGUCGUGCGCGCAGUAACAGCGCCGGAAGCAAUCGCCACUACGCCUCGAGUAUCACGAGCUCGGAGGGCGUCUACGACGCUCUUGGCGAACGUGGGCCUGGAAAUCCGCUAUUCCCCAGUAGCUUCGCGCGUCUUACCAUCGGGCCGACGCUCAGUGCAAACAAUCCUGCGCUCAGGCGUCCAUCGUUGCCGCCGCCGCCGAUGUUUGGCAACCCUCAUCUUAUUCGUGGACGCCGAGGUCCACCUAGCUGGAUGUCCGGGUCGUAUGACCCUGCGAAGCACGAGUACGCGGUUACCGUCGGCAGCGAGUCGAGCAUGAGCGCCAUUGCCGUAUAG